GAAAUAGUUCAAAGUUCAAGAAAUCUAUUUGUGAUUGCGAUCAUCUGAUGUUUCACCCGCGUCAGCAAUACCUCCAAAAAUAGUUUUAUUUCAGUUUAGCUCACAUAAAAUUCAAUUUUUGUCCUUGUUCAGUUAAUAAACAAUUCGCUGCCACUGUUGACAAACGUCAAAAUCAUCUGGUCAAUAAUUGUCAAUUGUAUCCAAAUAUCAGUGUUUUUCAAUAAGAAAAUAUCAUGGUCGAUUUAAAUCGUCCCAACGAAACGACCUGAGUGAGUCAAUUUAAUUAUUUUCUUCCCAGUCAGGUCAAAAUUAACCGUGAAAAAGCAAAAUUUUCUCGACGAUGUCAGCUUCACAUAACCUCAAAAUCUAUAGUUUUUUCCUUAUUUUGGCGGUAGCCCGUGGCGGUUUAAACCCCAUUGUAUUAAUCCCAGGCGAUGGAGGGUCUCAAGUCGAAGCCAGACUCAACAAAUCAACUUCGGUGCAUUACAUUUGUGAAAAGACAACGUCGGAUUUUUUCAACAUAUGGCUCAACAUGGAGUUGCUGGUCCCCCUUGUUAUUGACUGUUGGAUUGACAAUAUUAAAUUGAUCUAUGACAAUGAGACGCGAACAACACGGAAUAAUGACGGGGUCGAGAUCAGGAUACCCGGGUUUGGGGGCACCGAUGCAGUGGAGUGGCUGGAUCCGAGCCAUGCCUCUGCAGGUGCGUAUUUUAACAGCAUUGCCAAGACUUUAGUGAGUCUGGGACAUGAAAGAAAUAAGACGAUCAAGGGGGCACCUUACGACUUCCGGAAAGCACCUAACGAAAAUCAACAAUUUUUUAUCGAUCUUAAAUCCCUAAUUGAACAAACAUACACGGAAAAUAACAAUCAGCCCGUUAUUAUCAUCGCACAUUCGAUGGGGGGCCCCAUGUCCCUCUUUUUCCUCAAUCAGCAAACCCAAGACUGGAAAGACAAGUACAUCAAGUCUUUGGUUACACUUAGUGGGGCUUGGGGGGGCUCAGUGAAAGCUGUCAAAGUCUACGCCAUUGGGGACGACUUGGGGUCUUACGUUUUGAGGGAAAGCGUCAUGAGGGAGGAACAAAUCACCUCCCCCAGCCUUGCGUGGCUCCUCCCCUCCAAACUCUUCUGGAAACCCGACGAAGUCUUGAUUCAAACCGAGCGAAAAAAUUUCAGUUUGAGCAAUUUACAGGAGUUUUUCCAAGCGAUUAAUUUCCCCGUCGGUUGGGAAAUGCGAAAAGACACGGAAAAGUUUCAAUUGGAUUAUAGACCGCCAGGGGUUGAGGUGCAUUGUUUGUACGGAGUUGGAGUUGAUACAGUGGAAAGAUUGUAUUACAAGCCCGGGACGUGGUUGGAUGGUUACCCGACCUUGAUUAACGGUGAUGGGGAUGGCACUGUAAACCGUAAGUCGCUUGAAGGGUGUCUCCAUUGGGGGAAUCUCCAAAAACAGAAAGUCUACUCGAAGCAACUUCCCAAAGUUGAUCAUAUGCAAAUUCUCAAAAAUAAAGACGUUUUGAGCUACAUUGCGAAUCUCAUAAACGACGUGUGAUGAUAUUGUUACCUAGAUUUAAAAAUUUGACUAAGAUUUAACGCUGUUACUUCCCUUCUCUUCCUGUUUUUGAGUGGUUUUUAUUUAUGUUUUAUAUUUUGUAAUAUGUCAUCGAAAAUGAUAAAAAUUUUGACCUA